AUGCACCCAGGUGUCCUGGCUGCCUUCCUCUUCUUGAGCUGGACUCGUUGUUGGUCCCUGCCUGUUCCCAAUGAUGAUGAUGAUGAUGAUGACAUGUCCGAGGAAGACUUCCAGCUUGCAGAGCGCUACCUGAAAUCAUACUACUAUCCCCUUAAUCCUGCUGGAAUCCUGAAGAAGACUGCAGCGAACUCCGUGGUUGACAGGCUCCGAGAAAUGCAGUCUUUUUUUGGCUUAGAAGUGACUGGCAAACUUGAUGAUAACACCUUAGACAUCAUGAAAAAACCAAGAUGUGGGGUCCCUGAUGUGGGUGAAUACAAUGUUUUCCCUCGAACUCUCAAAUGGCCUAAAAUGAAUUUAACCUACAGAAUUGUGAAUUAUACCCCUGAUCUGACUCAUUCUGAAGUUGAAAAGGCAUUCAAAAAGGCCUUCAAAGUUUGGUCUGAUGUCACACCUCUGAACUUUACCAGACUUUACAAUGGCACUGCUGAUAUCAUGAUCUCUUUUGGAACUAAAGAGCAUGGUGACUUCUACCCAUUUGAUGGACCCUCUGGUCUGCUGGCUCAUGCUUUUCCUCCGGGGCCAAAUUAUGGUGGAGAUGCACAUUUUGAUGAUGAUGAAACUUGGACAAGCAGUUCCAAAGGCUACAACUUGUUCCUUGUCGCUGCACACGAGUUUGGCCACUCCUUAGGUCUCGACCACUCCAAGGACCCGGGAGCACUCAUGUUUCCUAUCUACACCUACACUGGCAAAAGCCACUUUGUGCUUCCUGAUGAUGAUGUACAAGGGAUCCAGUAUCUCUAUGGUCCAGGAGAUGAAGACCCCAACCCUAAACAUCCCAAAACACCAGACAAAUGCGAUCCUUCCUUAUCCCUUGAUGCCAUCACCAGUCUUCGAGGAGAAACAAUGGUCUUUAAAGACAGAUUCUUCUGGCGCCUACAUCCUCAGCUGGUUGAUGCAGAGCUGUUUUUAACAAAAUCAUUUUGGCCAGAACUACCCAACCGUAUUGAUGCUGCCUAUGAGCAUCCUUCCAAAGACCUUAUCUUCAUCUUUAGAGGCCGAAAAUUUUGGGCUCUUAAUGGUUAUGACAUUCUGGAAGGUUAUCCUCAAAAAAUAUCUGAACUGGGAUUUCCAAAAGACGUUAAAAAGAUAAGUGCAGCUGUUCACUUUGAGGACACAGCGAAGACUCUCUUCUUCUCAGGAAACCAGGUCUGGAGGUAUGAUGAUACUAACCGUAUGAUGGAUAAAGACUACCCCAGACUAAUAGAAGAGGACUUCCCAGGAAUUGGUGAUAAAGUAGAUGCUGUCUACGAGAAAAAUGGUUAUAUCUAUUUUUUCAACGGGCCCAUACAGUUUGAAUAUAGCAUCUGGAGUAACCGUAUUGUUCGCGUCAUGCCAACGAAUUCUCUAUUGUGGUGUUAAAUGUCUUUUAAAUAUUGUUAUUUAAAUCAUGGAAAGCAUUUGGGAUAAUACUUCCAGUGAUAUGGGGGGGGUGGUGUGCAGGGAGAAGAAGAGGUAUCAGAGGAAAGCUUAGUUCUGUGAACGAGCUUUAGUAAGUUAUCUUUGAAUAUGUAGUAUCUAUACAGCUAUGCGUGGCUGGAACCACAUUGAGUUUUAAAAUAAUGAAAUUCAGUAUCUCUAAGGAUGAUUAAUUCUUGUGUGCCAUACAGAAGCAGCAGCUGACAGUAUUUCCCACAUUAAACAUGGGACAUAUGGUCUGUCACAGAGAGCUAGCAUAUUUUUAAUAUAUUUAUAAGGAAACUUUGCAAAGACAUAAAAGUAAAUCACAUUUAUAUAGUUAAUGAAUCAUCUUUAUUGAAAAGUAUAAAAAUGGAAUUGGGGGGAGCAUAUGGUAGCCAUACACCAACAAAGAUAAAUCAAGGGGAAAUGUCUGUAAUAAAUAUAUUGUAAACGACUUUCCAAAGAAAUGACUUGGGUUUUGCAUUGAAAAUAUUGGAUGUACAUGUCCCUCUUCAUAUAGACAUUAGGGAAGUAUAAAGUCACUAAUGAUAGGAAACAAGGUCUAAUGCUGAGGACAGUAGAUGUGGCCUUUGGAUUCUGUUUAAUUUUCACUGUUGACAAUGACUCAAGGGCAACUCUCAAAGAAGACAAAUUUUUUUUGCAUAUUUAUAGAAGAUAAAGAAAGAAAAUCUCUCUUUGCAUCAAAUUUUUCAGGUAUUUCAAAAAUAUCAAAGUAAAGAAUUAAUAUUGUUAUCAAAAUGAUCUAAGACCACGGCAUCACUUUUUAGAAAAACAUUUAAUUAUUUAAGACUAAAAGUAGUGUUUUAACCCUAUUUUAUCAAGAUAUUUGUUUUAAUUGUCCAGUGUACCUUGGAUAUAUAGGCUAUUUCUUAAAGAUAUAGACUAAAAUAUAUCUUAUAAAUUGGAAGUACGUAUGUUAAAAACGAGACAUGCAAAAUGAUGAAAGUAGUUCGUAAAUUUGGUCCUCCUGAGGGUGUGGAACAGUGUCUUUUUUCUCUCCUUCUUUUGUCCCUCAGCACUUUUUACAGUGCCUGGAGCUGGGCACCUACUGAGUAUAUGAAUGGCCAUUGAGGGAAGAAUCAUUGUACUGAGAGAUCUUGUUCAUAAUGACUCAGGCAAAUAAAAGAAAAUGUAUUUUGUUUGCAAAAUGUCUUAGGAAGUGUUUAUAUCGUUUAUAAUAAAAAAAAGACAUUUUCAAUGGACAGUG